AUGGCGAGGAACUACGUGAGAGACAACGUGUCCUUGUCCAGAUUCGGCGUGCUGGUGGCCCAGCUGGAAUCUAUAGUGGCUUCAGCAGCCCACAAGCCACCAGACCCACUUCUCUGCUUCGACCUCUUAUCCGAUCUCGUCUCCGCCAUUGAUGAGGAGCCCAAGGAAUCUAUAUUGCUUUGGCAAAGGAAAUGUGAGGACACACUUUAUUCUCUACUGGUGCUGGGUGCUCGAAGGCCAGUGCGGCAUUUGGCAUCAGUGGCAAUGGCGAAGAUUAUAUUAAAGGGAGAUGCAAUUUCGAUAUACUCCAGAGCUAGCACCCUUCAGGGAUUUCUCUCUGAUGGCAAGAAGAGCGAGCCUCAGCGAGUUGCUGGUGCUGCACAAUGCUUGGGGGAAUUGUAUCGCUAUUUUGGGAGACGGAUUAUGUCUGGAUUACUUGAAACAACUAGUAUUGUUGCAAAGCUACUAAAGUUUAAUGAGGAUUUUGUGAGAGAAGAAGCUUUGCACAUGCUUCGCAAUGCUUUGGAAGGUUCUGGUGGGAAUGCUGCUGCUUCUGCUUAUAUGGAGGCAUUCCGUGUCAUUACGCGGAUAGGAGUUGGUGAUAAAUAUUUUACUGUUAGAAUAACUGCUGCAAGAUGUCUGAAAGCCUUUGCAGACGUUGGAGGACCAGGCUUAGGGAAUGGGGAACUUGAGAAUUGUUUAACUUACUGUGUCAAGGCCCUUGAGGAUCCAGUGAAAUCUGUGAGGGAUGCUUUUGCCGAGACAUUGGGAGUGUUGCUUGCUCUUGGAGUGAAUCCUGAUGCACAGGUGCAUCCAAGGGGAAAAGGUCAUGUUACUCGUAAGAAACUUGAAGGGGGUUUGCAGAGGCACUUAGCUUUGCCAUUUGUAAAAGCUAGUGGGCUUCGCUCGAAGGACCUGCGGAUUGGCGUUACCUUAUCAUGGGUUUGCUUUUUACAGGCUAUGUGUUUGAAAUAUCUUCGCCCAGACAGUGAGCUUCAAGACUGUGCUCUCCAGGUCAUGGACAUGCUUCGUUCAGAUACAUCUGUUGAUGCUCAAGCACUGGCUUGUGUUCUAUACGUUCUGCGAGUAGGUGUAACCGAUCAGAUGAGUGAACCUACUCAGAGAGGCUUUUUAGUUUUUCUUGGCAAGCAGCUCCAGUCUUCUGAUUCUACCCCUUCUAUGCGGGUUGCUGCUUUACGUACUCUAGCAUACGUGUUGAAAACAUUGGGGGAGGUUCCACUUGAAUUCAAGGAAGUUCUUGAUGACACAGUUGUUUCAGCACUUUCCAAUAAUUCACAAUUGGUACGACAUGAGGCUGCAUUGACACUUCGUGCAUUAGCCGAGGUUGAUCCCUCCUCUGUUGGUGGCUUGAUUUCUUAUGCAGUGACAAUGCUUAGUGCAGCGAGGGAAAAUGUGUCCUUUGAGAAGGGAUCUAAUUUGAAACGGGAGCUUGAUACUCUGCAUGGACAAGCUGCAGUUUUGGCAGCAUUAGUGUCUAUUUCACGGAAGUUGCCUCUUGGGUAUCCAACAAGAUUGCCCGCAUCCAUACUUCAAGUUUCCAAGAACCUACUGAUAGAAUCUAGUAGGAAUCCUGUAGCAGCUGUUGUAGAAAAAGAAGCUGGAUGGAUACUUCUGUCUUCACUGUUGGCUUCCAUGUCAAAGGAGGAGCUCGAGGACCAAGUCUUUGAUAUUCUAUCUUUAUGGGCUUCUGCAUUUGGUGGGAAUCCAGAACACCACAUCAAUCAAGCACACGAUCUGACAUCAAAUAUAAGUGUGUGGUCUGCUGCCAUCGACGCACUAACGUCGUUUGUAAAAUGUUUUGUUUCUUCUGAUGCUGUUAGCAAGGGAAUUUUACUUCAACCAGUGUUACUAUACCUUAACAGGGCCUUGUCCUAUAUUUCACUACUAGCAGGCAAAGAACAAACAAAUAUAGAACCUGCAAUGAAUGUAUUCAUCAUCAGGGUGUUGUUAACAUAUGAAGCCCUUUCAGAUCCAUCUUCAUACAGAAGUGACCAUUCGCAUAUUAUUCAGAUAUGUACGACUCCUUUUAGGGAACCUUCCAGAUUUGAGGAAAGCUCCUGUUUGAGGUUGUUGUUAGACAAGAGAGAUGCGUGGCUGGGUCCUUGGACUCCUGGAAGGGACUGGUUUGAAGACGAACUUCGUUCAUUUCAAGGGGGAAAAGAUGGCGUAUUGACUUGUGUUUGGGAGAAUGAGCCUUCUAGUUUUCCUCAGCCCGAGACUAUUAGCAAGAUGUUGGUGAAUCAGAUGCUCCUCUGCUUUGGAACCAUGUUUGCUUCUCAGGAUAGUGGUGGGAUGCUGUCGCUUCUUGGCAUGAUUGAACAGUGUCUGAAAACUGGAAAGAAACAAGCUUGGCAUGCAGCCAGUGUCAGUAAUAUAUGUGUGGGGUUACUGGCUGGAUUGAAGACUUUACUCACCCACCGUCACGAACCCCUUGGGAUGGAGAUAUUGACUGCUGCUCAGGCUAUUUUUCAGAGUAUUCUAGCCGAAGGUGACAUUUGUGCAUCCCAACGCAGAGCAUCAGCAGAAGGGCUUGGCUUAUUGGCGAGGCUUGGAAAUGAUGUAUUUACUGCCAGACUGAUGAAACUUCUCCUUGGUGAUGUUGGUGGGAUUGUGGACUCAUACCAUGCUGGUUCAAUUGCUCUUGCACUUGGCUGUAUUCAUCGCAGUGCAGGAGGAAUGGCUUUAUCAAGUUUAGUGCCCACUACUGUGAACUCGCUAUCUUUGCUUGCUAAAAGUUCAAUAGCUAGUUUAAGGAUUUGGUCCUUGCAUGGCCUUCUUUUGACCAUUGAAGCAGCUGGUUUGUCCUAUGUAUCUCAUGUUCAGGCCACACUUGGCCUUGGUAUGGAUAUUCUCUUGUCUGAGGAGAGUGCUUGGGUUGACCUGCAGCAGGGUGUGGGCCGUCUUAUUAAUGCUAUUGUUGCUGUUCUUGGUCCUGAACUUGUGCCCGGUAGCAUUUUUUUCUCACGCUGCAAGUCUGUUGUUGCAGAGAUCAGAUCAUGCCAAGAAACAGCGACACUUACUGAGUGCGUCCGUUUUACGCAACAACUAGUUCUUUUUGCUCCCCAGGCAGUUUCUGUGCAUUCCCAUGUGCUAACUCUUCUCCCGACUCUAUCCUCAAGACAGCCAACUCUGAGACAUCUAGCUUUGUCCACUCUACGACAUCUUAUAGAGAAAGAUCCGGUUUCCAUGAUCGAUGAACAGAUAGAAGAAACAUUGUUCCAUUUGCUUGAUGAGGAAACCGAUUCAGAGAUUGGUAAUUUAGCACGUACCACGAUCGUGCGAUUGCUCUAUGCAUCAUGCCCAUCAUGCCCAUCUCACUGGAUGUCGAUAUGCCGAAACAUGAUUCUUUCUACAUCGUUAAGAAGAGAUGCCAGCGGUAGCAAGCAUUUGGAGAAUGAUUCUUCAAGUGGUCUAGAUGGUGAGAAAAGUUUGAAUUUUGGAGAUGAUGAUGAAAACAUGGUUUCUAGCUCCGAAGGUCCACCAGUUCAGGGUUACGCUCUCGACUAUUCUGGUUUGAACCUUUCAAGAGAUAAGCACCUCAGAUAUCGCACGAGAGUUUUUGCUGCUGAGUGCUUGAACCAUCUUCCUGGAGCAGUUGGAGAAAAUCCUGCUCACUUUGACCUCUCUUUGGCAAGACAACAACCUGCUAAGGGACCAUUUCCUGGAGAUUGGCUGGUUCUUCAAUUGCAAGAGCUCAUUUCUCUUGCAUAUCAGAUAAGUACAAUUCAGUUCGAGAACAUGCGGUCUAUUGGUGUCUCUCUUUUAUGCACCAUUAUGGACAAGUUUGCUGCAAUACCAGACCCUGAGCUACCUGACCACCUCCUCCUGGAGCAGUAUCAGGCACAACUGGUAUCUGCGGUUCGGACUGCAUUGGACUUCUUGUCAGGACCAACCCUAUUGGAAGCAGGCCUACUUCUAGCUACUAAGAUAUUCACAAGUGGAAUUAUUAGUCGAGAUCAAGUUGCAGUCAAAAGAAUAUUUUCAUUGAUUUCGCGUCCACUAGAUGACUUCAAUGACCUAUACUAUCCAUCAUUUGCUGAAUGGGUCUCAUGCAAGAUCAAAAUAAGGCUUCUGACUGCCCAUGCCUCCCUCAAAUGUUACACGUAUGCUUUCUUAAGAAGACAAGGAGAUGAGAUAUCUGAUGAGAUUAUAGCACUGCUACCUUUAUUUUCUAAAAACUCUAGUACACUGGGAAUUUAUUGGCUGGCUCUUUUGAAGGAUUACAGCUAUGUUCGCUUCCGAGUGUAUUCUAGGAAAAAUUGGAAACCAUUUCUUGAUGGAAUUCAGUCAUCAGUAGUUUUAGCUCAGUUGCAGCCAUGUUUAGAAGAAGCCUGGCCAUUGAUUCUGCAAGCACUGGCACUGGAUGCGUUUCCUGCAAAUUCGAAUGUGAAUGGAUCUUCAACAAGUUAUGAUAGACUAGAAAAUAUCUCCACUUCUGGAUACAGCAUGGUUGAGUUGGGAUUGGCUGAAUUUCAAUUUCUGUGGGGAUUCUCCCUACUAGUUCUAUUUCAGGAGCAAGAUAUGACUCUUGGUGAACGGAUAAUACCAGCGAGUUUUAUAAAAUCCAAAUUCAGCAGCGACAUCCCUGUUGAAGAUUCAAAUUCUCUGUCUUCAAAGUUAUAUGACGUUUUAUUAGCUGUUUUUCAAUUUAUGUCCACCGAAAGAUUCUUCACCGCAGGAUUUCUCACUUUGGAUGCUUGCAAAGAAUUAUUACAGGUCUUUUCAUAUUCUAUUUUCAUGGAAGAUACAUGCUAUAGUUUUUCAGUCUCCGUCUUGUCACAGAUUGUGCACAACUGUCCCAAGGAUUUCCUUGAAGUAGAGAAUUUUUCAUAUCUGGCAUCGGAACUGUGUUUGACUUUUCUUUUUAAACUCUUCCAAAGUGAUGUAAAUUCUCAAUACUCUUCAAAUUGGGAGAAGAUGAUUUCUGUCCCUCUUGACAUAGCAGCAACUUUAUUGGAACGUUUUGAACCUCAGAUGCAGCUAAAAUUAUUGUUGCCUUUUCUGUCGAUUGGUUAUAAGUGCAUUGGAAAAUCAUCAACUAAGUCGUGCCUUUCAAGUGCUAACGACUUCGUGCAGUCAAUCAUUUCUUUAUUGAAGAGACAUGGAAAAUCUGAACUUGGGGCUGAUGGCAUUAGCCACUUUCAAACAAUAAGCAGAGCUUGUCUAAAUGCAACUGCAAGUCUAACUAAUGACUGCAUCCAGAGAAUUCAUCAAUUGGAAUAUAAGAGGUCUAACUCAUGCAAGAUGCUGCACACGAAGCUUGCAUUUUCCGUUGAACAAAUUUUUCAGUUUGCCAUGCUAGCAUUUGAAUUCGAAGGUCCCGGAGAAGAUGCAGAAAGCAAUCCCAUCUUAUUUGCAGUUCUGCAUCAUGGCAUUCAAUGUGUCCGAGCUGUUCUUACUGAUUCUGACAUACAGAUUCAAGCAAUUGGGUUGCAAGUAGUAAAAGUCAUUCUACAUAAAGGAAGCAGUGCAGAAUUUAAUAAUUUUUCGAUUUUUUUUGUUGGGGAGCUUGUUGGAGAUUUGUUUAUUAUAAUUCAGAAAAUUUUGGAGAAACCUAUCAACAGAGAAGCAGUGGCUAUUGCAAUGGAGUGUCUGAAAAUUCUAAUGCUUCUCCAAACUCUUUCAAAAGCUAAUGAUUAUCGGAAAGAACUUGUAAAUCUGCUUUUGGAAGCUGUUCUCAUGAUCACAUCAGAUGGUACUCUUUCUCAGGAAGCUAAUGAAUUACAAAGUGCAGCUGUAAAACUUGUUUCGCAACUCGCUCAAAUUUUUAGGUCAGCAGCUUAUAUCAAGGAUAUUUUAUUGGCAAUGCCUGCUAUAAGAAGACAGCAGCUCCAGGAUUUAAUCCGUGCAUCUAUGACACAAGGUCAGAACCCGACACCAGUGACAUCCUCACUUCCACCCUUAGUGAUAAAGUUACCUUCACAGACACAGGAAAAUAAAGAGAAAAAUCCCUCUCCAUUAGCCGCUCCAAAAGAGUCUGAUGACAUUACUGAGGAAGAGGAAGAAGAUGAUGAUUGGGAUGCUUUCCAGUCUUUUCCGGCUUCCAAAAAUGAAGCUGUUCCAACUCCAGAAAGAGACUCCUCAGUUUCAGAUUACAUUAGUAUCGAAAAGGAUGUUAAAGGACACUCUACUUCCCCAUCUUCUAACAAGGUGGAAGAACUCGCUGUUGAAGACGACGACAUGUUUGAAGGGGAAAUUGCGUUUCACAGAGCGAAUGAUAGCAGCGAUCAAAUAAAAGAAUGCUCUGAUCCCGGAGAUGAUUCCCAUAAUGCUCAUCAAUCUGAUGAUUUCCAUCGGGAUAGUGAUACAAUGUUAUCAAGCUGUGAUGAAAAAAUCGUGCCUUCUAUCCCAGUUUAUCAAGCGGCAGAAAAAAACAUGGAUCCAUUUCCCCAUGGAGGCAAGACAAUUGAAGUAGUGACCGGCGGGGAGAAUGAUCGGUCUUUAUCAGAUGAUCAAAAUAUUGAAGACGAGGAAGUUCAUAGCAAGCCAUCUGAUGUAUAUCGUGAUGAACAUGGAUUGGGAUCUUUCAAUGAACUUCAACCUGCUGAAUUUGCAACAGGAGAUGCUAAGCCAUCUGACGAUCACCAUCUGGAAGAUGCAGAUAUCACUGACCAUGGCAAUAGCUCAGCCUUAUCCAAUUCUGAUUCAGCCAAAGAUAAAGGUGAAAUCCAAGUUGACGAAUCAGAAACUGAUGACCAAAGAAGGGUAGCCAAGGUCAUAAACGGUGAUAAAGUUACCUCUGACAUCAAUACUUCUGAUACUGAUUCCCACAGGAAAACUAAUCAUACACAUUGA